AUGACACCCACACACACCAUCCCGGAGCUUCAUAUAGAGAGAGCAAGAAGAACAAACCCAAUAUCAAAACGCCGCUAUCAAUACAAUGAAAGGAUACGAUUCUCUUCGCCCAUCCGCACAGCUUCCCGCGGUACACAAACCAUCGAAAUGUCCGAUUAUUCAGGAGGGUUGAAUAUGGUGUACCGGACGCUGAGGCCCGCUGCAGGAUUUGACCGAAAAGGUCGGUCAAAUAAUAAUCAUCAUCAUCAUGACCGGGCCGAGGACUCGCCGCGAAAUAAGAAGUACCCGAAGAAAUCAAUUGUGGUUACGACUCCAACCACAGCAACGGAAGUACAUGAAGCGGAUAAUAAUACUGCCACAGCUACAGAGACAACCACAGCAUCACCAACAGGGAGCAAGCCUUCUGCGGCGGUAUUGGGAGUCGGAAAGAUAAUCGACAUUAGUCAGUCAGACGGCAAGGAGCGAUUGGCCAUGAUUUCUGAAAUGACGACUUUCCACGACUCCAAGAUUGUGGUUGUAUGCGCAUGGCUCUACAAAAGAGCCGAUAUUCAUGAAGAUCUAAUGGAUAAUGCGGGGUUUUCCUUUGAGGACUCUCAUCAUCAUUUACAAUCUAUGUGGCCCAUCUUGAAUAACGAUGGUACAUUGAUGACGAGCACAGGCCGGCCGCAGUGUGAUUACAUGGUGAGCACGAAACGGACCAUUAUCGUUUCGGAAGCGAUGGGUACGUGGCUUACAGGAGUUCCAUCAACGGUUGCUUCGAGAGUAUAUCGGGAUGCCAUAUACCAUGCUGACUCGGCGGAGAGGAGGAUAUCUCAUGUGAAUGAGGGUUCGUGUUAUUGGUUGAAGAAGAUUCUUUGA